UACGAGACUCCUCAGGUUUUCAAGAAGCUGUUGCCGUACUUGGAGAGCGAUUCGAAUCACUCGAUUUCGUUGAUGACAGCAUGGCAUCAAAAGGCAAGUCAAAAAUGGAAGCCUUGUAUCAACAGGAGCUUAUUACAAUCAGAAUUGCCACCUUCAAACGGCUUUCUCAUUAUUGAAGCAAAUGGCGGUCUGAAUCAACAGCGUCUUUCAAUAUGUGAUGCAGUUGCGGUGGCAGGUUUACUUAAUGCAACCCUUGUUAUUCCCUUUUUCCAUCUGAACAGCGUUUGGCGUGACUCUAGUUGCGAUACUAUCAUUGUCUGUCAUCUAAUGUUUGCUUCUUUUGCAAAUAUUUUUAGCAAGUUUGGGGAUAUUUUUGAUGAGGACUACUUCAUUGAAACACUUAAAAGUCAUGUAAGGAUUGUCAAAGAACUCCCGGAAGAUCUACUGCAGCGGUUCGACAAUAAUAUCAGCAGCAUUAUAAACAUGAGAACUAAGGCCUUAGCAUCAAAAACCUAUUAUUUGCAGAAGGUCCUUCCGAAGUUGCAAGAGCUAGGGGCAGUAAGGAUUGCACCUUUCUCUAAUAGAUUGGCUCACUCAGUUCCACCCUAUAUGCAGGGACUGAGAUGCUUGACCAAUUUUGACGCAUUAAGGUUUUCUGAACCUAUAAGACUUCUUGCUGAAAAUAUGGUUGAUCGAAUGGUAAAGAAUAGCUCAAUGAGAGGUGGGAAAUAUAUCUCUGUGCAUCUUAGAUUUGAAGAGGAUAUGGUGGCUUUCUCGUGUUGUAUCUAUGAUGGCGGUGAUAAGGAGAAACGUGAAAUGGAUAAAGCUCGCGAAAGAAGCUGGAGGGGAAAGUUCAGGAGACCUGGCCGAAAAAUAAGCGCAGAGGCAAACCGAAUGAGUGGAAAAUGCCCAUUGACACCAUUAGAGGUUGGAAUGAUGCUUCGAGGCAUGGGAUUUGAUAAUACUACAUCAGUGUAUGUUGCUUCUGGUAAAAUUUAUAAUGCAGAGAAAUAUAUGUCUCCUCUGCGACAGUUAUUUCCACUUUUAGAGACGAAGGAAACCCUAGCAUCAGCAGAUGAGCUUGCACCAUUUAAGGAUUACUCUUCAAGGUUGGCUGCACUUGAUUACACUGUAUGUGCCAAAAGUGAAGUAUUUGUCACAACUCAAGGAGGCAACUUCCCUCACUUCCUAAUGGGGCAUAGGCGAUUUCUUUAUGAAGGUCACUCGAAGACGAUCAAGCCAGACAAAAAGAAAUUAGUGUUAUCGUUUGAUAACCCCAAUAUUAGAUGGGAUAAGUUCAAGAAAAACAUGCAAGAAGUUCUUCGUCAGAGCGAUUUAAAGGGCAUUGCUCUGAGGAAAGCCGAUGCAACCCUGUACACUUUCCCCAUGCCUGAUUGCAUGUGCCAGCGAACAGAACGAUAAACACCGAUACACUAUACUCAGGAACAUAUUUAUCGAGCUAUUUGUAAGUAAAUCCAGCAUUAACAGCCCAAUUCAUUUGUAUUGGAAAUUCUUCCCAGUCCUAUGGCCAUAAUUCCGUUGGCGAUAUGCAAGUUAAGUACAUCCUCCAUAGUUCAGAUUCACAAAAUUCAUUGUACAUGUAACAAAAAAAAUCCUCUCAUAGUAAUGAUAUAUUCUUUGUAGUGUUUAUUUAGU